AACAAAUCCAGAGGCAACCCGAAGUAAUAAGUUUCUUAUCGCAUCUGGCAACAUUCAGUAAACUUUCUAUGCGUUGUGUCUGCAGUCAGUUGUUAGCUAAAUAUUGAUUUCUGGAUUUCGGCGUCCAAAUUACAAAAAAAUGUCCGGCCACGACGAUUUUGCAGAAGAUAGGGUUCUGGAUGAUUUUGAAAACGAUAGAAAAGUUAAUCUUAAUGAUUAUUCCCGGGACGACGAUCAAAAUGAUAGUAAAAAUGGAUUUUCGGGUCACAAACCAGGAGAAUAUAUUGCCAAGUUACGUGGGCUGCCUUGGGGAGCCACUCAGAAUGAAAUUUUGAAGUUCUUUGAUGAUUGUGAGGUUGUAAAUGAACGGGAUGGCGUUCAUAUUAUUAUGUCCAAGGAUAAUAGACCAUCCGGGGAAGCUUUUGUUGAAUUUGCUUCUGCAAAUGAUUUAGAAAAGGCGCUGAAGAAGGACAGGUGCCAUAUGGGGAGCCGAUAUAUAGAAGUUUUCCGUUCCCGGCCAUCACAAUUUGAAUAUGCAAUUCAAAGUCAAUUCACUGAACGUGAUGCGUGUGUAAAACUGAGAGGAUUGCCAUUCCACAGCACCAAAGACGAUAUUAUAAACUUCUUCAAAGAUUUGAAGAUAAUACCAAAUGGGAUAACAAUGGUGAAAGAAGGAUCGGGGCGUGCGAGUGGGGAGGCUUUCGUUCAAUUUGCAAGUAUGGAAGACGCGGACGAAGCCUUAAAGAAACAUCGUGAAAAGAUUGAAUACAGGUACAUUGAAGUGUUCCGAAGCAGCUUAGAUGAUAUCAGGCAUUAUCAGGAUAAAAUGAAUUACGGAUCUAGUAACCGAUCAGGUGCUUCCAGUAGGCCUGGACCAUAUGAUAGAAAUUCUAGGAGCAGAUAUCAAAGCGGCGGCAGCCGAGGUGGAAAUAAUAAUAUGAGAUAUCAAAAUAAUGGUAUGGGCGAUUGGGGUAGCAACAACAUGAGAAUGAGCAACAUGGGAAGUGGCGUAGGCCCGUUAAUGCCCAGGUUGAACUCUGGAAAUCUGGGUGGUGGAAACAUGGGUAGGUUUAAUGACUAUCCACCGGCUGAUAGGUUUAUGAACGAAUCAAAUAUGGGAAGAAUGAGGGGAGGUGAUAAUAUGGGCAUGGGUAUGAGAAGUUCCCAAAACAACAGCAGGUACAUGGGCCGUGGAAAUGAUGAUUGGAUGGACAAUGGUAGAGGGAACAGUAGAGGAUCAUUCAACAAUGGCUCUGGUGAUUUCAGAUCACGGGAGAACUUUAUUCACAUGAGAGGAUUACCGUUCAAAGCCAGGACUUGUGAUAUAAUUGAUUUCUUCAGGCCAAUUGUUCCUAUUGACGUUAGAAUUAAUUUUGAACCUAAUGGUCGUGCCACCGGCACUGCUGAUGUGGAAUUUGAGUGUCAUGAUGAUGCAUUAGAUGCUAUGACUAGAGAUAGGCAGAAUAUGGAUAAUAGGUACAUAGAAUUAUUCUUAGGAUCAGGCCCUGGUAAAGGGCGAGGAGACUAUUAGUGUGCUGAUGACAAAUGUCUAGUGAUGAUAGGCAUUUUAAAUGAUAUUUUGUAUUUUUAGAGUAUGACUAAAUUUAAGAAGAAAUUAACUUAUGGUUUUCAUAGAAUU